AUGUCGGCGUCGGCGUACGCGGCUUCAGCGUUACUACUGGUCGCUGCUUCUUCCACGGUCUAUGUUGGCUCUUUUGCGUCGUUGAGCACGCCUGAGUCGACAAAGAAGCUCCGCAAGGAGAAGGGUAUUGCUGCGGAUGACGACAAGGACAAUGCCCAGGGCCUCAAUUCAAGCGAUGCAUGGCUCUUGCCUGUGUUUGGCAGCGCUGCACUUCUGUCCCUGUACCUGGCGUUCAAGUACCUCGACCGCGAGAUGAUUCUCCUGCUGAUCCAGGUGUACUUUGGCGUGGCCAGUGUGUUAGUCAUUCCUCCCGUGGUGCUUCGCCUCUCUCGCAUGGCGCUAGGCGAGAAUGUGCUGACGCGUUGGGAGAAGCAGGCGCUCGUGUGUACAUGGACUGCUGACUGGUCGGCCCCCGACUCGAAGCGCUCCCUGGCCAAGACAGGCUUCCGUCUCGACCGUGCAUCGAUGGUGCUUGGCGCUAUGGUGGUCGGCCUUAUGGGCUUGUACGCCGUGACACAGCACUGGAUGCUAUCGAAUGUGAUUGCUGUAUGCUUUGCUAUCCAGGGUAUCAUGCUUAUCCAGCUCGACUCGUUCGCGACUGGCUUCAUUCUGCUGGGCGGUCUCUUUUUGUACGACAUAUUCUGGGUGUUUGGCAGCUCCAAGUUUGCCGGCGAGUCCGUCAUGGUCAAAGUUGCCACAAACUUUGAUGGGCCAAUCAAGCUGGUCGUCCCGCGAAACCUUGGUGACGCCUUUGUGGCUUUGCGCGAGCACGGUUGGCAUGCCCUCCCUGCGUGGAAGUUCUCGCUCUUGGGCCUCGGCGACAUUGUGGUGCCCGGCAUCUUUGUCGCACUUGCGCUUCAGUUCGAUCAGCAUCAGGCAUCGAGCCGGCAUCCCUCCGUCUCGUUCGACCGCUUCUACUCUCAAUUUGCCAAGCCGUACUUUACUGUCUGCAUGAUCGGCUACGUCGCAGGGUUGGUCAUGACGAUGGUCGUGAUGCAUGUGUUCCAGACCGGCCAGCCUGCGCUACUGUACCUGUCGCCGUCCUGCUCGCUUUCCAUCCUCCUUGCCGCAUUGACCCGUGGCGAGUUGCAUGCUCUAUGGAACUGGGUGAACCCAGCGACCAAAGAGGCACCAAAGGUGUCGAAAGAAGCCAAGAAGGUCGCUGAGGCGGAUAAAAAGGCAUAG